GUGGAGUAAUUAUGUAUGGUGCUCUACUACUCUUUGAGGACGACUUCAUCCAUGUUGUAUCUAUCACUUUCACAUCUCUUCUUCUCACCGAACUCUUGAUGGUUGCUAUUACCAUUCGCACGUGGCACUUGGUUAUGCUACUAUCCGAACUACUCUCCCUUGCUAUUUACAUCGUUGCAUUGGCCCUUCUCAAGUCCUAUUUUGGUAAGUCCGGAUAUUGUUUGUUUUCAGCUAGCUGGAGCGGUUAG